AUGGCGGCCAAAGCAGCACUAAAGGCUGUGCGACAGGCUUUGGCGGAAAAAGACUAUCAAGGUGCGAUUGAAAAGUCCAAGGACAUCAUUCAGCAUGAUCCCAAUAAUUACCACGCAAACGUCUUCCUUGGCGUUGCACACGACCGAUUGAAUAACGACGCCGAAGCAGAGAGUGCGUACUCCGCUGCGACUAAAAUCAAUGCCGACGAUAAGACUGCUUGGCUGGGUUUGGUCUCGCUGUACGAGAAAUGUGGCUGUGAGCAUGAUGGCUAUCGCCAGGCCGUCAUUGCGCUUGGAAAAAUAUUCGCCGAUGAGGACCAGCAGGAUCGCUGCCACGAUGUGAUCAACAAAUACACGAAAACGAUGAAGGAUACUGGGACCAAAACCCAACAAAAGCAUGCAUUGGAACUUCAGUUGCCGGGCUCACCUCUUUACGAUUUCCUUGAAGGGCGUUUGCCUCAUCCGUCCCAGACGUAUCAGCGAUUGAUUGAAAUUACCGAAAGCCUCGAAAAGGAAUUCAUAAAUCGGGAAAUCGGCGAACGAAGAACACGUCUCGGUGCGCGCAUCGACCAAGUCACACAGGAGGUCCGACGGGAAGCUGCGAAAAACAGCGGCUUGGAUCGAUUCUAUCAUGGAAUAAUUGAUUGGACCAACGACGACGAUAUUCGUCGGCAUUAUGAAGAGAAGUUGUUCCAGCGUGCGUAUGAGGAGCUCGGUUUCGUCCCUGCGGCGGACAAGGCGACCAAGAGGGAAGCGGUUUUCAAAGCCGCUCAAGACAUGGUGAUCAUCAAACAUCCGUUUGAGCCCGCAUGGAAAAUUUUCUUGGGGUGGCAGGAUGUUGAGGAAUUCUCCGACUAUGACGUGGGGCACUUGCGUGAAUACAUCGAGUUCUUCCCAGAAUCCGGUCUUGCCAAAGUUCUCCAGGGCUUCCUGUCGAGCGAACUGUCGCCGUUUCCUAUUCCGCCCCCAGACGAAUCAGCGCGCAACACUGAUGCAAAGGAAGGCGCUCAGUCUGAUGACGAAAUUAAUGAUCAUGAAAUAGCUAUUGAAGACCGUCUGAUCUUGAUGGCUGAGGGUCUAGAGUCCGCGCGGGAUUCAAUUCUUGCACAUCGCAUCAUGGCAGACUUCUACCUUUCGCUCGAAGAAUAUGCGAGCGUGAUCACUAUUGCUAGGAAAGGAUUAUCCUUCGUUGCGGAACUCGCGAGGUUCAGUGGGGUUUCGCUCCAGAACACCACUGAUGCUUUGAACAUUGCACUUGCCAAUGCCCUGAUUUAUCAUCAAUCACCCCGCCAUCACCCUGAAGCGAAGCGCAUCUUCGAGGACAUCCUUGAACGCAAACCAACCUCUUCCAACUGCCUCCUGGGGAUCGGCCUGAUCUUGAAAGAGGAUCAUGACUAUGCAGAGGCCGUUGACUUUUUGAGACGAUCACUUGACCGCGAUGCUUCUAACCUGAAGAUUCGUGGAGAGCUUGCCUGGUGUGAAGCACUUAGCGGCAGUCUUGAAGAUGGCUUAAUUAGUCUUGAAGCCACGCUUCAUGACUUGAAGGAAGCUCAACCAGAUGACAGAGAUUUCGCAUCCGAGCUUCUUUAUCGAAUUGGUUACUGCCAAUGGGAGAUCAACCCGUCUCGAGCUGCUCGAAAAGACCGCAAUGGCGCUUAUGCUAGCCUCUUUGCUUCCAUCAAGGCCAAUAUGAGAUAUGCUCCAGCAUACAGUCUCCUUGGCAUCUACUACGCAGACUACAAGAAAGAUAAAGUCAGAGCUCGCAGGUGCUUCCACAAGGCAUUUGAAUUGUCCGUAUCCGAGAUUGAAGCUGCUGAGCGUCUUGCCAGAGACUUCGCCAACUCAAAGGAGUGGGACCUCGUUGAAGCCGUUGCGCAGCGCGUCGUCGAUUCUGGCUUGGCCAGACCCUCCCCUGGGUCAAAGCGCCGCGGCUACAGCUGGCCAUAUGCGGCAUUGGGAUCCGUUCAAAUCAAUAAGCAGCAGUACACUAAAGCCAUUGUUUCAUUCCAAGCGGCACUUCGACUUUCACCAGGUGACUACAACUCAUGGGUUGGCCUUGCCGAAGGGUACCAGCACACUGGUAAAUACAUCGCUGCCAUAAAGACCUUUGAGCAUGCCGAGACAUUAGUGCCAGCUCUCUCAGCGGAAGAUCAAACACACGCAUGGUUUGCGCGGUACAUGAUGGCAAACGUCUGGCGGGAUCUUGGCCAAUUUGAUGAUGCCAUUGCCGGCUACGAGAAUAUUCUGAAGUCUAGACCUGAUGACAUCGGUGUAACUCUCGCUCUUCUUCAAACGCUGACAGAGAAUUCGACCAAGUUGCUUACCAUGGGUCUCUUUGACGAGGCCGCAGAGCUCGUAUGCGAAGCCAUUGCGGUAGCAAGCUCUCUGGCACAGGUCAAAAGUGAUAUUUUCAAUCUAUGGAAGGCUGUAGGCGAUGUCUGCGCGAACUUGACGUCCAUGAAGGCGAAGGCUGAAAAGCUAUCUGUCCACAGUUGCCGGGCUUUGCUGUCAGUCGACCUUGACCCCAUGGCGCUUGAAGUCAUGGCUGAUAUUGAUGGGGUCGGAAAUGGCUGGCUCGAGGCCAGUGACAGUGAGGAGUCGAUGCCAUCCGAAUCUCACAUCUUCUUGUCCAUCAUCGCAUAUAAACGUGCUCUACACGUCUCCAAGGAUGAUACGCAUUCCCAGGCAAUUGCUUGGUACAAUUUGGGUUGGGCUGAAUAUUUGGCAUCUCGCAAUGUGCAGGUGAAUUCCACCACGAAGGGCAAAGAGUCCCGCAAAUUUUUAAAAACAGCUAUGCGUUGCUUCAAGAGAGCCAUAGAAUUGGAGGCCGGAAAUGCCGAGUUCUGGAACGCAUUGGGUGUCGCCACGGCCGCCAUGAGUCCCAAAGUGUCUCAGCAUGCGUUCGUGCGGAGCUUGCAUCUGAACGAACGUAGUGCGCAGGUCUGGACCAAUCUCGGAGCGCUCUAUCUCCUUCAAGGAGAAACUCGCAAAGCCAACGAGAUUUUCAUGCGAGCGCAGGCCAUUGACCCAGAGUACUCACUGGCCUGUGUAGGCCAAGGUUAUGGUGCACUUGCCAUUCAAGAUGUCGAGGAUGCAAGAGCUCAAUUCGAGCACGCAUUCGACAUUUCGAACUCCUCCGACAUUAUUCCUAAGCGCCAAUUUGGUUUGUCUCGCUUUGAUAGAAUUGGCGAGCCGUCCGCUUCCACCGAGGUGUCGGAACUCAUGCACCCCUUCUUCGCGCUUAGUCAACUGUGCAUCCAGGCUCCAUCAGACCUCCCAUUCGUGCAUCUUUCCGCCCUUUUCGCAGAGAGAAUGGGCGAUACACUUGAUGCCGAGUCCAGCCUAGAGGUCGUUUGCCAAGGCAUGGAAGAUGAAUAUGAAAAGACCGAGUCGCCCGCUUCGCUUUUGAAGUAUGCUCAGGCAAAUGCAGACAUGGCCCGUAUUCUCCUUGCGCGCCAGUCCUAUGAAGAGGCUGCAGAGAAGGCCGAACUCGCGCUCACCCUCUCUGGAGAAGAGGACGCAGAGAGAGUUGACCCCGAAGCUUGCAAGAAGCUCCGUCUCUCUGCGCACUUGACCGCGGGUCUUGCAUUCUACAAGAUGAAGUCAAUGGACCAAGCUAUUGAUAUGUUCCGCGAUGCCCUCGAAGAAGCGGACCAGUCUCCAGAUGUAGUUUGUCUCCUUGCCCAGGUCCUGUGGGCUAAGGGCGGCGAAGAGAAUCGGUCUGUCGCUCGUGAGCAACUGCUGAAUUGCAAAGUGAACAAUCCCGGCCAUGUCGGAGUUGUCACUCUUUGGGCUGCCAUAGCCCUUCUCGAUCAAGACCGCGACACCCUUGCGAAUGUUGAGCCUGACCUUCGCGGCAUAAUCGCGCGCCAUAGCACUGGACUACGCGACCGCGCCAAGGUUGUCAACCUUCUGGCCGCCAUUUCCGCAGCGGGGCUUGGCCGAGAUGCGCACGUUCCCGAGGACGCCAGGCGCGUUGGCGCCGCCACUGCUGCCGUAAUGCUUUCACCUUCACAGCCUGCCGGAUGGAUGGAGCUGUAUGCAGCCUCCGGACACCCAUAUCUCGCUUCUAUGUCUCUCAAUCGGGCAUUGGCAAACGUACCUCCUAAUGGCAAUUUCCGGGCCGAGGGUCUCAGCCAGGCCUAUACGCAAACUGGAAAGGCCGGUGACGUCCUUCGAGCUAUCGUGGUUGCCCCUUGGCAAAGCAAUGGAUGGGAUAAACUCAAAGAUUUUAUCCCUGAUGGCAAGCUGCAGGAAGGCGGUAUCAAAUCUGGGCAGGAAUUGGACGAUGAUGCACCUCUCGUACAGUGGAGGUGUGGUAUGGGUCUUGGAUCGGAGGGUUCAGUUGAGGAUGAGAUGUCUCCGUGGAAGCGUCGUACAAUGGGGACUGUGCGAUACUAA